AGUCCGGAGAGGCCUCCACGGUCGACCGUCCAUCGAAGACUGGAGUGGAGAAUUAGUUUAAAAGGGGCAGAAACCCGCUCUUCGUUUCCUCGCAUUACGUUUCAUUGUCUCGCUCUCGCAAGGUAUCGGCGCUUUCUCUGCUGUCUCUUCAGGCUCUCUUGAUCUAAUUCCCCAACAACUCUAGAAGGCAAUUUUGUUAUUUCUAGCUACUGAGAUUCCUUUAGGCUCAGCUCAAGGAAGGAUGGAGGAGGAUGGUUAUAAGGUUUCCUUGAAUGUGUAUGAUCUCAGCCAAGGACUUGCUCGUCAGCUUUCAACGACAUUUCUGGGGAAAGCUAUUGAUGGCAUUUGGCACACAGGUGUAGUGGUAUAUGGAAAUGAGUACUUCUUUGGGGGAGGCAUCCAGCAUGCUCCUGCUGGAACUACACCCUAUGGAACACCAGUGCGGGUGGUGGACUUGGGCACCACACAUGUGCCCAAGGAGCUAUUUGAGGAGUAUUUGCAGGAGAUAAGCCCACGAUACACAGCUGAAACCUACAGCUUGCUAAGGCACAAUUGCAACAAUUUCAGCAAUGAGGUUGCUCAGUUCUUGGUGGGAGCCACUAUUCCAGAUGACAUCCUGAAGCUCCCUAAUGAAGUGAUGGACAGCCCAAUGGGAGCUAUGAUAUUGCCCAUGAUCCAACAGCUAGAAAUGACAUUGAGACAAGGUGCCGUUCCUCAAGCCCCUCAGUUCAGGCCGUCUGCAACAACCCAGCCACCACAACGUAAGACUACUGUUUCAGCACCAAAAGCAUCCGGCGGCUCUAAUACAUCAGCCAAAGACGCACCAAAGAACAACAAUGAUGGCAAGCCUGCGGAUUCCAGCAGCCAUGCCAGUGAUACUGGAAAUGCAUCUGAAAAGAAGCUGCUGGACAGGAAUGUGCCGCCUGCAGUCAAGCCUGCUGAAGUGCAAGAGAAAAAGGUGAAUGGAGUUGCAGUAGACCCUCUGGGAGAUGCCCGGAACAGGGUGCAAGAAGAGAUAUGCAAGGAAUUUGCAGCGAUAAUGGCGACUGAGACACUGCAUGCAAGCGAGGCAGCAGCACUUGCUACCAGGAGAGUGAUGGAAAGACAUGGGAGGACAAACGUUCCUGUGACACGGGGUUAGAGAAAUAAGAGGUUUUACGAGAAAGAGACACCAUUUUAGAAGCAUUAUGGUAGUUGAAUUUCUCAACUGUGCAGAUCGUACCAUUGAUCAUUACACCAAACCCUUUUUUUUUGUUGUUUGUCGGUUUAACCAUGCCUGUUCUUUACUGGGGUUCUUUUACCAUCUUGUGAAGUGACUGAAUUUUCUCAAGGACUCGCAGCUGGAGUUUGUGCUCUCUCUCUCAUUUAUCAGUCUUUCUGGCUGGUGCUAGCUCUCAUUCUCUGAAAACAGUGGGACCCAGUUUGGAGGGUUGAUUCUAUCA